AUGGUCGUGGUGGUCGCUCACUUGCUUGCAGGUGAGACUGCGCCUAGCGUCCACUUGCUGGCACUCAACUCUCACCUCUGGCUCCACGUAGCUGGACUCUGCUCAGCGGCCACACCCCGGGCAACCGUCUCGACCGACGGGCUAAACCAGGUGAUGGGGCCCUGUGCGCCGUGCCGUAUGCACAGUGUUUGCGGUUUCCGCUGGAUGGAAGGUCGGAUGGAACCUUGCGUCGGCACCGUCGUGACGUGGUUCGUCUCUGCACGCCGCUGGACAGCCGGUGACGAGAUGGAUCUCCACAUCGACAUCGCCUUGACGCGCCCACCUACGCCGUCGGAGACCGCGGCUUACGGCGAAUUCGAGUCGCUCUCCACUACAACCCAAAUUCGUGGUCCCAUAGUGGAGUUCGGCCGUGCCACAACGGCACAUGGCAGCCCUAUUCAGGGAUGGCACUGCCAGUCCCCACGAAGUGAAGAGCCUAGAAAAGGUGGCCUAAACAUUGCUGGGUACCACGCCGUCUCCAGGCUAGCCAAGGCCGCAGACGUCUUAUCAUGGUCGAAACAAUCAAAAUCGAAACAACAACAAUACCAAUAACAACAACAACCAUACUCAUUCUCCUCAUCCUACCUCUUCUUCCUCUUCCUCUGCCUAUUCUUCUCCUUCGUCACCUUCUUCUCCAUCUCCUUCCCGUCGCCCCACUCGUUGUCACCAGACUGGCAGGGUGGGCCCGCUCACUCUGGCAACCUGGAAUGUUCGUUCCCUUUUAGACAAUGCGAGGAGCAACCGACCGGAACGGAGGACGGCGCUAGUGGCACGAGAACUGGCACGCUACAAGGUGGACAUCGCCGCACUCAGCGAGACCCGAUUCUCCGAACAAGGCCAACUGGAGGAGGUGGGUGCCGGCUACACCUUCUUCUGGAGUGGGCGGCCCAGAGCAGAGCGACGAGACGCGGGUGUGGCCUUCGCCAUUCGGAACGACACCGUGGGACGACUGCCCUGUUUGCCGCAGUGCAUCAACGAUCGCCUGAUGAGCCUCCGCCUGCCUCUCUGGGGAGGCAAAGUCGCCACCAUCAUCAGCGCCUACGCUCCGACGAUGACCAACCCCGACGCCGUCAGAGACAAAUUCUACGAGGACCUGCACGCCUUCUUGGCGACUGUGUCGAAGGCGGACAAGUUGAUUGUCCUUGGCGACUUCAACGCCCGCGUCGGCACAGACCAUACUGCCCGGAGAGGAGUGCUAGGUCCCCACGGUCUCCGCGGCUCCAUCGACAAUGGUCUGCUGCUCCUCCGCACCUGCGCAGAACACCGCCUCAUCCUGACGAACACGUUCUUCUGUCUGCCGGAGCGAGAGAAGGCCACCUGGAGGCAUCCUCGGUCGCGCCCGUGGCACCUGCUGGACUAUGUCCUCGUCCGGAGGCGAGAUCAGCGGGACGUGCUGGUGACGAAGGCGAUCGCGGGUGCUGACGGGUGGACCGACCAUCGCCUCGUCAUCUCCAAGAUGCGUUUUCGCCUACAGCCUCGCAGGAGACCACAAGGUAAGCGACCCCCAGGUAAGCUGCAUGUUGCCUUGUUGUCUUUGCCCGCUCACCAUCUUCAUUUCAGCAAUGAGCUAGCUCAAAGGCUAGACAACUUUCCUAUCACUGCCGACGCCGCCGCUGCCGAGAACGCCUCCGUGGAGAACCGCUGGUGUCAACUGCGAGACACGGUCCAGUCGACGGCGCUCGCCGUCCUGGGUCGCGCUCCCCGCCAACACCAGGACUGGUUCGACGACAACGACGCCGCCAUCAGAAAUCUGCUAGCUGAGAAGAACCGCCUACACAAGGCCUACGUAGAUCACCCCACUGAUGCCACCAAAGCUGCCUUCUACCGCAGUCGCCGCCAACUUCAGCAACGACUGCGCGAAAUGCAGGACGCCUGGACUGCUCGCAAAGCUGAGGAGAUCCAAGGGUACGCGGACCGCAACGAAUGGAAGAACUUCUUCUCUGCGAUCAAAGCUGUCUACGGUCCGGCGAAGAAGGGCACUGCUCCUCUUCUCAGCGCCGACGGCAACACUCUCCUGACUGAGAAGACGCAAAUACUGCAGCGAUGGGCCGAGCAUUUCCGAGGCGUCCUCAACCGCCCCUCCGUCGUCUCCGACGCCGCCAUCGAGCGUUUGCCGCAAGUGGAGACCAACGUGGACCUCGACCUCCCGCCAUCUCUUCAGGAGACCAUCAGGGCCGUGCAGCAGCUCUCCAGCGGGAAAGCACCCGGAUCGGAUGUAAUCCCUGCUGAGGUCUACAAGCACGGAGGUCCCCAACUGAUGGAUCACCCGACUGCGCUCUUCCAAGAGAUGUGGCGUCAAGGCGAAGUCCCGCAAGAUUUAAAAGACGCAACCAUCGUGCAUCUCUACAAGCGCAAAGGGAAUCGCCAAGUCUGCGACAAUCACCGCGGCAUCUCCCUGCUGAACAUCACCGGGAAGAUCUUCGCACGAAUCCUCCUCAACCGCCUCAAUAACCAACUCGAACAGGGCCUUCUGCCGGAAAGCCAAUGCGGAUUCCGUCGUCAUCGUGGGACCACGGAUAUGAUCUUCGCCGCCCGCCAACUUCAGGAGAAGUGCCAGGAGAUGCGGACCCACCUGUACUCUACCUUCGUGGACCUGACGAAAGCCUUCGACACGGUGAAUCGUGAAGGACUGUGGAAGAUCAUGCAGAAAUUCGGCUGUCCGGAGCGAUUCACUCAGAUGGUGCGUCAGCUGCACGACGGUAUGAUGGCGCGAGUCACGGACAACGGAGCUGUCUCAGAGGCAUUCGCAGUGACCAAUGGAGUGAAGCAGGGCUGCGUACUGGCGCCUACCCUCUUCAGUCUCAUGUUCUCUGCCAUGCUGAUGGACGCCUACCGCGACGAACGCCCCGGGAUCCGCAUCGCCUACAGAACGGACGGUCACCUCCUGAAUCAACGGCGGAUGCACUUCCAAUCGCGCGUAUCCACAACCACCGUUCACGAACUCCUCUUCGCCGAGGACUGCGCCCUAAACACCACCUCGGAAGAGGAGGUGCAACGGAGCAUGGACCUGUUCUCCGCCGCCUGCGAGAACUUCGGUCUGGUCAUUAACACGCAGAAGACGGUGGUGAUGCACCAACCGCCACCCAACUCAGCCACAGCCCACAACACGCCGCCGCAAAUCAGUGUGAACGGAACCCAACUGCAGGUGGUGGAGAACUUCCCUUACCUGGGCAGUACUCUCUCCCGCAACACCAAGAUCGACGACGAAGUCGCCAACAGGAUCUCGAAAGCCAGUCAAGCCUUCGGUCGCCUCCAAAGCACAGUUUGGAAUCGCCACGGUAUUCAGCUGAGCACGAAGCUGAAGAUGCACAAGGCCGUCAUUCUGCCGACACUACUGUAUUGA